AAAAUGUUUCAUUUGUCGCCGUAAGAAUGUGGUAUAAGCCUAGAAGUUUCUGUUCAUAGUUUUCAUUUUAUGAAGAUGUAAUAUUUGUAAUCCAUCAGUUUUCUAUUGUAAAUUGUUUUAACAGCUGGAUGUUUGAAAAUAGUAGAAUCAGGUCUAACCAUGUAAGCUACAUCCACUGUCUUUACUUCAUGGUAACUUAUUGAUUUAAACACAUGUUAUCAAAGUUGGAUUUAAAUGCAUAUUGAACAAACUGACAAAGAAAUAUGCAAUCUCAAGGACAAAGUCAGCAACUGCCAUCCGCGGCCCAUUUAUUAUUAGACCAAAAUCCGAAUUCAACGGGAAGUAACCUGGUCGGAAAACAAAAUGAUAUUCAAUCUCUCUCCUCAGUUGGUUUACUUGAGUUGGCUCAUAGAGAAUACCAAGCUGUUGACUAUGAAAGCGCGGAAAAGCAUUGUAUGCAAUUAUGGCGCCAAGACAGUACAAAUACUGGAGUUUUGUUGUUGCUGUCAUCUAUUCAUUUUCAGUGCAGACGUCUUGAUAAGUCAGCACAAUUCUCAACAUUGGCAAUAAAACAAAACCCUGUGCUGGCCGAAGCUUAUAGUAAUUUAGGAAAUGUUUUUAAAGAGCGCGGACAGUUACAGGAAGCUUUAGAUAACUACCGUAGAGCUGUACGUCUAAAACCAGAUUUUAUUGAUGGAUACAUAAAUUUGGCUGCUGCAUUGGUUGCUGCUCGUGACAUGGAGUCUGCUGUACAAGCAUAUAUUACAGCAUUACAAUAUAAUCCUGAUCUGUAUUGUGUGCGCAGCGAUUUGGGAAAUCUUCUUAAGGCCCUCGGUCGUUUGGAAGAAGCUAAAGCCUGUUACCUAAAGGCAAUUGAAACAUGUCCUGGCUUUGCAGUUGCAUGGAGUAACCUAGGAUGUGUGUUUAACGCUCAGGGAGAAAUUUGGUUGGCUAUACAUCACUUUGAAAAAGCUGUGACUCUUGAUCCCAAUUUUUUGGAUGCAUAUAUAAAUUUGGGAAAUGUUCUAAAGGAGGCGCGAAUAUUUGAUAGAGCUGUGGCCGCCUAUUUACGUGCAUUAAAUUUAUCUCCGAAUAAUGCUGUAGUUCAUGGGAAUUUGGCAUGCGUUUACUAUGAACAAGGUCUAAUUGAUUUGGCGAUCGAUACAUAUAGGAGGGCAAUAGAACUACAACCAAAUUUCCCAGAUGCCUAUUGCAACCUUGCAAACGCUCUUAAAGAAAAGGGGCAGGUUAAAGAAGCUGAGGACUGCUAUAACACAGCACUAAGGCUAUGUUCAAAUCAUGCAGAUUCCCUUAAUAAUUUAGCUAACAUAAAGAGGGAGCAAGGGUAUAUUGAAGAAGCUACGCGACUUUAUUUAAAAGCUUUAGAAGUUUUCCCAGAUUUUGCUGCUGCUCAUUCAAACUUGGCAUCUGUUUUGCAACAGCAAGGCAAAUUAAAAGAAGCAUUAAUGCAUUAUAAGGAAGCUAUUAGAAUCCAGCCCACUUUUGCGGAUGCAUAUUCCAACAUGGGAAAUACUCUUAAAGAAUUACAAGACGUUAACGGGGCAUUGCAAUGCUACACGAGAGCUAUUCAAAUUAACCCAGCAUUUGCUGAUGCGCAUAGUAAUUUGGCAAGCAUACACAAAGAUUCCGGAAAUAUUCCUGAAGCAAUUCAGUCUUACCGAACAGCUCUAAAGCUAAAACCUGAUUUUCCUGAUGCAUACUGCAAUUUGGCUCAUUGCUUGCAAAUUGUUUGUGAUUGGACUGACUAUGAUAUUCGAAUGAAAAAACUGGUUAGUAUUGUCACUGAGCAGCUUGAAAAAAACCGUUUACCAUCCGUUCAUCCACACCACUCGAUGCUUUAUCCAUUGACACAUGAUUGUCGGAAAGCAAUUGCAGCGCGACACGCUAACUUAUGUUUAGAAAAAGUUCACGUGCUUCAUAAAAAACCAUAUAAUUUCUUAAAGAAGUUACCUACAAAGGGAAGGCUUCGAAUAGGUUAUCUUAGCUCGGACUUUGGAAAUCAUCCUACCUCGCAUUUAAUGCAAUCUGUUCCAGGUCUUCAUGAUCGUUCAAAAGUGGAAAUCUUUUGUUAUGCCUUAAGUCCAGAUGAUGGUACAACAUUUCGACAAAAAAUCAGCCGAGAGUCAGAAAACUUUGUGGAUCUUUCUCAGAUUCCUUGUAAUGGUAAAGCAGCGGACAAGAUAUUUAAUGACGGUAUAAAUAUUUUGGUUAAUAUGAAUGGUUACACAAAGGGCGCAAGAAAUGAAAUAUUUGCUCUUCGUCCUGCUCCUAUUCAAGUUAUGUGGUUAGGCUAUCCAGGUACUAGUGGGGCUAGUUUUAUGGAUUACAUUAUUACGGAUUCUGUAACUAGUCCAAUAGAAUUGGCUUACCAAUAUAGUGAAAAAUUAUCUUAUAUGCCGCACACAUAUUUUAUAGGUGAUCAUAAGCAAAUGUUUCCACAUUUAAAGGAACGUAUAAUUGUCUGUGACAAACAACAAUCUUCCGUUGUUGAUAAUGUAACGGUUAUAAAUGCAACAGAUUUAUCUCCACUUGUUGAAAACACAGAUGUAAAGGAGAUAAAAGAAGUUGUUAACGCACAAAAACCAGUCGAGAUAACUCAUAAAGUUGCAGAGUUACCAAACACAACACAAAUAGUAUCCAUGAUAGCAGCUGGUCAAGUGCAAACAUCUUUAAAUGGCGUUGUGGUUCAAAACGGAUUGGCCACUACCCAAACUAACAACAAGGCCGCUACUGGUGAAGAGGUACCACAAAAUAUUGUAAUAACCACUCGUCGUCAAUAUAUGUUACCCGAUGACGCUGUUGUGUAUUGCAAUUUUAAUCAGCUAUACAAAAUCGAUCCACAAACCCUCGAGUCAUGGGUAGAAAUUUUAAAAAAUGUGCCUAAGUCUGUUUUGUGGUUAUUACGAUUUCCGGCAGUUGGUGAACAAAAUAUUAAAAAAACCGUCAGUGACUUUGGAAUAUCUCCUGAUAGAGUAAUAUUUUCCAAUGUAGCUGCAAAAGAAGAGCACGUACGCCGGGGCCAAUUAGCUGAUAUAUGUCUUGAUACCCCAUUAUGUAAUGGACACACCACGUCCAUGGACGUUUUAUGGACGGGUACUCCUGUCGUAACGUUGCCAGGAGAGACGUUAGCCUCUAGAGUGGCUGCCUCUCAGCUUGCUACCCUUGGAUGCCCAGAGUUAAUAGCGCGUACAAGAGAUGAAUAUCAAAAUAUUGCUAUACGACUGGGAACAAAAAAAGAAUAUUUGAAAGCCCUACGAGCAAAAGUAUGGAAAGCCCGCGUAGAGAGUCCCCUAUUUGAUUGCUCACAGUAUGCCAAAGGAUUAGAACAAUUAUUUCUACGAAUGUGGGAAAAAUACGAAAACGGAGAACUUCCGGACCACAUUUCAGCAGUAUAAAAAACUUGUGUAAUGUCAAUAGCUAUUUUGACAUGGAAAUCAAAAGAUAUUCAUAUAAUUUUAAUAUCGAAAACAACAUUUUAUUAAGCUCGUAUGUUACCCAUAUGGCUAUACUUCUAUGUAAAAAGAGAAAAACUGCAUACCCUAUUUCGAUUAAAUAUUAUUAAUAAGAUGUUACUUUUUAUGAAUAAAGUUAUACGACAUAUAAUAAUAAGGAA